AUGUCCCUACAACUUCGCAUAAGUAGCUCCCAGGAAAAGCGACCUGCUUUUCGAGGCAACUCACGCCGCUUGCUUCGUUUAAGCGACGUUCCGGAAUCACCUGCAACACUUGGAGCGGCUUGCGAAGCGGUCGAAACGGACGGCCGUGCAUGCCGUGUGGCGCUUCCUACUGGAGCGAGCGAUCCGUGGUGCGACAAACAUCAUGAUGAAUGGAGAGAAUUGAGCGAAAAAUGGGGCAAGACGCAGAAGGAAGCAGAAAGAAUUGUGGUGCUCAGCCUUGAUGUUGCGAAACAAAAGGUUAUGAAGUUGCGCCAGUCCGUGGACCUUAGGCGACAGAUUCGGGACCGAUUCUACCCUGGUGGUGGGGAUAUUCAAGACUACAUCAAAUGGCUUGCAAAGCUAGAAGGCGAUGUCCGACAGCUCGCAGACUCCUUGCUCAUGCAAAACUUGCAGCGUGGCCCGACCCCAGAAACCCCCGGAGUACAUACUGGCACCCCUCAUCCUGAUAGGGUCAGUCUAGGAGAGACAAUUACGAUCCUCCGAUCACCACUGGAUCCCAGAAUACCCAUCGACUCUCUUCAAGGAAUGCCGGAUGAUGGCACCAUCCUCGUCCUCAAACACUUUUACCAGGAUCUAUGUGCGGACAGUGUUCGACGACUGUACAAUAUAGUACCAGACUUGGACGACUCGCGCAAGCAAGCCAGCUCCCCUGAUCAAAAGGAUCAGACUCCUCCUGACAAUGGCACCGACAUUAUUCGCGCCUGGUUUCGCAUCAUGGUACUGAAUGAUAGUGAAGCUUCCACCCUCGAACAUGCGACUAGAUCGAAGAGUAUCGACGAGUUCUUGAUGGGAUGCCAAGCCAGUCAACUGGAAGAGUAUUGCGACUACUUCGAAAAGGCCUGGCGUCCAAACGCUGUGCAGUACCUUCGCGUGGCAAUUUGCGCCCAGACUCUUGCUGGUGGAGACAUCAAAACUAUACAGCUGCUCGGCGGUACUAUCCCAAGUACGACCGAAGGACUGAGAAUGACCAAACCAUGCUGGGACAUACUCUAUCGCUGGUUCCCUACGCUGCUCACACCCUGGUCACUUGCCAGUAUCUGCUCCAACUUCGAAGACUACACAACCAUCUGCAAACUGUUGAUGCUGAGGCUGUACAACGACCACUGGUACGAUCCAGCCAGUAUACUGAGCGAAUGCUCAACUGGUGUUUACAUGGGCUUCAUACCAACUACGAAAGGAGACUUCACCGCUAGUGCAGGUCUCCGACAAGAAGGUCAACUAUGGGUGCAACGGCAGUCACGUAACUACCUGUGUGGACAGAUGGCUAUCGGCGACCCUCUGACACAGGCAUUCCUUGAUGAGCUUCGGAAACGGACCUCGACACUCUACUUAGUCGUCUACGAAGGCACACACGCGGACGCUACUGUGCAUCCAACUGAACCUGAUCUGUUCAUCUGUCGCCAUCGCUCAGCAAUGACCCUGGACGAGCUCGAAAAUGUCGACUAUAGUACCACGUUGACGCUAGAGGAGAUCAAAAACCAUCUGCGGAUGAGAAAGACGACCAUGUAUGAUCCGAUAGUGGUCGACUCCUGGCAAUUCAUAAUCAUCGAUCGCGAAGUGGGACUGCCUUUCCGACUGAUCGACAUUGUGCAGGAUACACUGGCGAUGCUCAUCGGUGACCCUUCGCCCAGACAAAUGGCAAAACGUGUCAUUCGCGAGAUCAUACCGCCUUCUGUGCAGGAGAUCUUCUUAGAAGAGAUCCACAUCGACUGUACACCCGAAUUGCGCUACCCACCACCAGCCGAAGUUCAACAUGAAGGCAACAGGUGGAGAUGUUACGAUCCGGAUCCCAAAGUCCUUGCCGCACGGCAGAAGAGGAUGACCCAACAACAGAUCUCACGGGAUGACAACCGCUUCAUCAGACGCGUCAUCGAGGACAUGGAGCGAUACGGCAUCGUCACCCUCACAACAGAAUAUGAAGAGCCACAGACCCGACCAAUCAUCGUUCAAGCUUCUGACGGCGCACCCGACCUCUACUUCCCGUACGAGAGCGGUACGACGGUAUCCGAGAGUGGGCGCUCCCUGUCGCUUCCAUUGCCACCACCCAGUUGCCUCCGAGACUUCACAGAGAAGUACAAGCAAAAGCAUCCAAACGCAAUCAUGGCGAAAGGCUCGAUACAGACUCAUUACUGUGCAUGGCCAAUGCCCGCAAUCAAGAGUCUGGGCAAAAGCGGACUCAAUUUCGCCACAUGGGAAGGCCAUGUGUACAGGUGGAACGCCAUGCCAUUCGAUCGUCCCUCGUCCGCAAACGCAUGGCAAUACUACAUCCAACACUUCCUCAACUCCAAAUACCCAUUCGUCAUGUUCUACCUCACCACAUUCGUCAUUUGCGCCACCGACCAAGAAGACGGUGAUCGAAAAGCUGCGACCAUACUUGAAGAGAUGGAAGAUAGAGGUUGGAGAGUCACACUACCGAAGACACCCGAGUGGACGAGCGACAUUGAUGAGUUGAAGCUUGAGUUGUUGUUCAAUGGUGUUAAACCGGCCUAG